AAAACCUCACUUCCAAAGGCCUCCAUCGUCGUCCGUAGUACACAGUACGAGUCCCGAGUCCAAACGUUUCUUUUCCCACUACGUAUCGCAGCUCUGAAAAAGAGCUACAAGCAGGCACACACCCAGAGAUAAAAAGGUGUAAAUUCUUUCAAGAUUUUCAAUUGGGAUAUCAAUGGCAAACCUUCCAGAAUCGCUGUUUUCCUCAGAUCCCAGACCAUCAUCGUCAUCGUUCGGAGCGGGUCCUAGCACGUCCGGAGCCAACACUUACAAAGCUUCUGAUCAUGAUCAAGGUGACCCCUCAAGAGCCAAAAUAUUGCAUUCGAUUCUUGACCUUAAUGAUUAUCGUACUCGAGAGCGCGCUCUUUACCUCCUAGACAAGGACAUUGAUGACCCAAGCACUUUUAUAAACAGAAAUUUAAUUACUCAAAAGCCAUCAAAUUUUCGAAGAACUUUUCAACUAUUCAACGUCAGUUUAUGCAGUAAGCUGAAACUUAGGAUUUUGGCCGAUUGCCAUCUCUAUAAUUACCUUCUUUUUGUUUUUUCUCAGAGUAGGGGAUCAAUUCGUGAAGAUUUACCUCUAUUGUUAUGGAAUUCUUUCGGUACGAUAUACUCGCUCUUAAAGGAAAUACUCGACGUAUACCGCUUCAUAUCAGCCCAAAACCUAACACAAAGAGCAUCGAAUCGUGUAUGCUGUGCUCUUGCUCUAUUUCAGUGCGUAGCUUCUCACCGAGAUACAAGGAUGCGGUUUAUCAAGGCUAGAAUUCCAUCGUAUCUAUUCCCUCUACUUAACAUUGAGAACAGGGAAAGGCCUUAUGAACAUCUAAGGCUUACCAGCUUAGGUGUUAUCGGUUCCUUAGUGAAGGCUGGUGAUGCAGAAGCCGUUAGUUACCUUCUAGAAAACGAAAUAUUUAUUUAUUGCCUUCGCUGCAUGGAGGUGGGCGGUGAAUUGUCAAAAACAGUUGCCACAUAUAUUGUUCAAAGAAUUAUUAUAAACGAGGAGGGGUUGAGGUAUUGCUGUGCUUUUGCACAACGGUUUUAUACUUUGAGCCGUGCUUUGGGGAACAUGUUGGAAUGUCGUACUGCUGAGCUACCCGGAAAACGGCUUCUAAAAUAUAUCAUCUAUUGUUAUCUGAGGCUCUCACACAAUCCAAGGGCACGUGAUGGUUUGAGAACUUGCCUUCCCGCCAGCUUAAGAGAUCCCAACCUCAUCAACCUCCUCCGUGAUGACCCAACAACCGUCGGGUUUCUGCAACAAUUACUGUACAACGUCUCCAUGGGACACCAAUAUACUGUUAUAUAAGAGUUAUACGUAGGAGGCUAAACAGAACAAACACAACUCUGGAAUCCAUCAUUUCCCAGCACAAGUAAAAUUAGCAUGUAUUCUUGGUAGAAAAAGAGCGUUUUUGUACUUUUUUUUCUUAGCACUUGGAUGGAUGAAAAUGUCUUCCAAUAUUUGGUCUAGAUAGAUGCAUGUCAGUUUAUUGCCCUUGUUGUAAUUGGGCAUCCGACAAAAACGCCAUUCAAAUAUGUUCUUGACAUGCUUUUUAAGGUUGGCUUCUA